AGCCUCUUGAAAACCUACCUACGUAAUGCAGGCUAACUUGACGCCCGAGACCAUAUUUCCCACUUCCCGCCUCCCCCCCAAAAUUUACAUGCCCGCCGCCUGCCUAACUACCUAGCACCGUACGAAGGGCCUGUAAACCCGCGCGUCAGCACGCACAGAGAACCAGCGACUCGCAGCCUAACGGCGAGGGGCAAUGGCCUCUCAUUCUUUAACUACCUAGUCGAUGAUACUGCCGCACACUCGCAGAACAAGUAUAGCCGAGAGCCCUCGGAAAAGAACAAUUGCGCCGAAGGGGGAAGCUGGCGGCUGGUUCUAGUACCUACCAUGCUACUCGCCAAAGACAUCCCGCCGGCGCCAGGAUGCGAACCGGAUACCUCGAGCACUCAGAUAUCACCAGACUCUAUUCCCGUCCACCCAAUGGGCGUCAAGCCGCUUGGGAACCAAUAUCUCGCCUCAGUUCCGGCCGCUCGGCGGUCUCUCGGCCCCCUAGGUCUUCUUCCGGACGAGACCAUCUUACAGGUUCUCGAAUAUUUCGAUGCGCUCUCAUUGAAGAAUAUCGGGCGUACCUGCCGCUUCCUUUACGCAUUUUGCCAGCUAGACGAACUGUGGAAAGCAUUGUUUCUCAAGACCAGUUCUCAACCUCCGCCUGCGUGGAGAGGCUCUUGGAGGAGCACGUAUCUGAAUGCCCCUGGCGGACGGCGGCCUGGGGUUGACUGCACCAAUGUCUAUUCUGAUGUCUUACAUCGACCCUUUGCCUGCGCGCAUAUUGACCUGAGCAAGUAUUCCUCUGGGAUUCCGGACGUAAAUCAGAUUCGCCGGUUCGAACGACUCGGCUACGAUGACUUUGCACAGAACUGGAGCAGCGUGCCAUUCAUAUUGACGGAUUGCAUCCAACGGUGGCCGGUAUAUGGCGACUGGAAUAUCGACGAGCUGAAUAGGAGAUACUCCAAGGCUGAAUUUCGGGCCGAAGCCGUGGAUUGGCCAUUCUCGACUUAUCAUGAGUAUAUAUAUAACAACGACGACGAAAGCCCACUGUACCUUUUUGACCGGUGGUUUGCGGAGAAGAUGAAUAUUCGGAUUGGACACGAUACCGACGCCGUAUACUGGCCACCGGAGUGCUUCGGCCCAGACCUGUUUGAGGUGCUUGGUGAAGAGAGACCAGCCCAUCGUUGGCUCAUCAUCGGCCCUCAACGUAGUGGCUCGACCUUCCACAAAGACCCGAAUGCGACAAGUGCUUGGAACGCUGUUUUGGAAGGAUCUAAAUACUGGAUCAUGUUUCCCCCGGCGGCGCAGGUUCCCGGCGUCUACGUUUCGGCGGAUAGUAGCGAGGUUACAAGCCCGCUGAGCAUAGCCGAAUGGUUACUCGAAUUCCACGCGGAAGCACGUGCGCUACCCGGCUGUGUGGAAGGCGUCUGCAAAGCGGGCGAAAUCGUCCAUGUGCCUAGUGGCUGGUGGCAUCUGGUGGUGAACCUCGAGGCCGGUGUAGCGCUCACUCAGAACUUCGUCCCCCGGUCCCACCUGGCUGACGUCCUCUCGUUCCUGAGGGAUAAGCCAGAUCAGGUUACCGGGUUCAAGAGGGACAUCGAGUGCCCGUACGACCUAUUUGUAGAGAGGCUCGGGGUCCAGCACCCCGAGCUUCUGGACGGGGCAUUUCACGAGCUGGAGCAGAGAAAGCAAACCAAGAAGCGGAAGUGGGAGGAGGCGGUCGGCGGCAAUGCCGACGCCGGUUAUGAUUCAGGCGGGUUCAGUUUCGGCUUCGGAGCUGACGACGAUGAUAAGAUCCCAUAGUGCGCGCGAAGGUCGAGAGCCAGUCAGGUGUGUCUCCGCGUAUAAGCCGAGGGCUAAAGAGUGAGAUGCUCUCGUACCGAUGGGUGCAGAUAGGCCAGACACAGGAUUGAUCAAUAAGCGCGGGUCAAGACGAGAGUAUGAGUAUGUGUAAUCUCGACAGUUCCUUGGCCUCCGGUGGCGAUGCAAUGCCGGAUUCGGUCCUGGUCAGCGCCUUGUCUCACUCCCAAGAGGGGCUGAGCGGCGAGGGCCUACAUAAGCGGGAUGUAUGGAGGUGGCUUCCAGCCCGCACUUCCACUCGAUACUACGUAGUAGACAUACCACGCAAGUCUGGCCUGCUAUGGCGCGCUGCCUGUUUCCGGAUCGAACGACGUUUCUUUUUUCUUUUCGAAACGAGGCGCCUGUAACGCCUCGAACAAGUUGAGAGAUCGGUGAGGUGGUAGCGAGGAAUACUCUCCGAUC